AUGAACAACUUCAGCUCGCAGGAAGCAUCACAUCCGGCAGGCGAUGGCUCUUCCACCGCGCCGCGAUUUGUCUCCAUGGCCGAGAACCCUCCAGUCGCAUCACAUGGACCGGUGCCGGUCGCGUUUGAUGGCUACGUUCCUAGCCUUGCGAGAACUCUUCGAGGAUUGCCGCCACAGCCCUCACUGCCAAGCUCAGCGUCCUUGCACCAGACCUUAUCUGCAAGACGAGUGGUUUUCCACGACCAUACAUCGUUAAUGCAGCAUCCAGCGCCGCCAUCAAAUUACAGCUUUGCAUUCUCUCGACCACUCCUCGCGUCUGAAUCAUAUGUGCUGGAUCCUCCCUUUUAUCCUCAACAGCCAUUGACCCAGCUACAAAAUGCGUCCCCGUUCCUCCCCAGUGCAGCUGAGGAUAAUCCUACGGGAUACAUACCGUUCACCGCCGAGGUACUCCACUUCCACACCGGCCGUAACCAAGGCUCAAGUCAGAAUAAAGAGCAACUGUCGAUGCUGGAGGCGGCACCGGCUGAAGAAGACAGUGACACCUCUGUUGACGAUCACGGAGUCCCAGGGUCGUCCCUAGAACCUGUUGAAAACGGCGGCGUCCUAGCCACCAAACCAAGGAAGCGAGGCCGCCCAAAGUUGGAGGUGUCAUCCAGUCAACCCAGGAAGCGACGAAAGAAGGGCACAGGGCCUCGGGGUGGCUGGAGUAAAGGCUUGAAAAUUGGCCCUCGACCAACCCUCGAUCCAGGGCCUGAAUUCAAUGACCUCUACGGCCAGGCGGCGACUGCCUUCAUCGACGAUCGAGAUACCGAGAAAGCACUUGAAUUGGUUUUGCAGGCUAUCGCAGUCAAUCCAGAAAUUUAUUCAGCUCACGCCCUGCUCUCCGAGAUAUACUUUUCUCGAGACGAAGAUGAUAAGGCAAUCGCGGCACUUUUUAGCGGUGCUCACACCAUACCAACAGAUCCAGAAGUAUGGAUUCAAGCGGCCAAUGCGUGUCUUGAGAGAUCAAAGGGAAACCGAGAGACUGCCUUGCAACAAGCUAGUUACUGCUAUGCUCGAAUUAUCCACACGGACCGGGAGCAUUUGGAAGCCCGCUUUCAACGAGCUGCGGUCAGUAGGGAGCUCUCAAACUACACGAAAGCUCUGAAGGACCUGGAGGCCAUCCUCGAGCGUAUGCCCCGCAAUUCUAGUGUUUUGAGGCAGAUCGCAGAGAUAUGUAUUGAAACGAGAGAUCUGGAACGAGCAAAACAAGUCUAUGAGAACACCCUAAGUUAUUACCGGGAGAAUGGGUUUGAGGGCGAAGAGUCUUUCACCUGGGCUGACAUCCUGGUCUACGUGCAAAUCCUUGCCCUGGAGGAGCCCCCUGACCUAGCUAUUAUGAACGCGCUGAAAGCUUUGAAACAACUGUCACGGUGGCUUCUGGGCAGAGAAGGAGAAGACUACUGGGAUCAAUUCACUGAUGAUGAUCGAGAGUUCGACUCAGAAGAUGAACCUCGACGAGCUCUCGUGCCUCAGUUUGUCCCUGACAAAUAUUCUCCCGAUGCCUACGGCCCUGGACUUCCCUUGGAACUGAGAGUCAGGCUAGGGGUUCUUCGUCUAAGGCAGGGUGGAGAUGCGUUGGACGAGGCAUUGGCACAUUUUGAAUGGCUUGAACCAGAAGCCAAGGAUGAAGGCGCAAGUGUGUAUGAUUACCCGGAUUUGUUCCUCGAGGUUGCCCAAGCCUUGCAGGAAGCCAAAGAACCCAAUCAGGCACUGCGUUAUUAUGAAGCUCUCAAGGACACCAACGCAUAUUCUCAUACCGAAUUUUGGUUAGGUAUCGCAGCCAGCUCUUAUAUGUCCGGCGACAAGCUCCAAGCAAUCGAGUGCUACGAGGAGGCUAAGGCCGGAGAUGAGAAGUGUGUUGAGGCACGAACUCAGCUUUCGAGGCUCUACGCGAACUUCGGAGACAAGGAAAAGGCAAUGGAGAAUGCUCGGGAAGCGGUUCGUGUCGCUGACAGCUUGCUUCCUAAGACUGACCGACGUAAAUAUGAGCGCAAGGAACAGCGCCUGGCUCGCGAAGAAGCAGAGAAAGCUCUCAAAGAAGCAUUUUAUCUCCCUGGCGAGGUUGUUGGUGGUACCCCAGUUGAUCGUAUCGAGAGUAAGCUCCAGAGAAUCAGGACAAAGACCUACAGGACCCGGAAGGCAGCAUUACCGCUACCGGAAGACAUGACCCAAAGAGAAGAGGAGACAGAAGCCGAACUGGACAAUGAAUACGACGAGGCCCUAGAUGAUCAAUUUUAUGGAGGGCCCCAAUUCGAUCAAGCUGGGCACGGAACAUUGGAUUGUGAAAUCGCCAAACAGACAGCUCAGAACGUGGCACGCAAGCGAAAAGAUCGGCAACCACCCCGUUCACGAGCGCAACUCAAGACGAGGACGAAACGAAUGUCAGCAGAAGAAAGAGAAGGUCGCCGCACCGAAACGAUCAACAGGCUCUAUACCGACUUGGUGUAUAACACAGACGCCAUGAGAGCUGGCGACGAAGUUGCAAGGAAUACCUGGAUGGAUUGUGCUGACUCCCUCAUUACGGAUUUCCGAAGCAACCGCCUCCUUUACACUAAAGAGCGCAAUCAGGCUUUGGACAGCUUUUACGGGGAAGUCGCCAAUGUCGACUCGCGCCAGAGGUGGGAGAGAGAUCACGAAAACGGGAGAGAUGGUGUUGAAGUGGAUCAAGACUUUCCCAUCCCUACCAUCGAGUCGUCCGUGCCUACUGAAUAUCGUGAAAUCGCCUUCACAAGCUGGCUGGAUGUUUUCCUCGAAUAUGCUCUUCUCCUCGCCCAGUCUCCCGAGGCAGACGCAUUUCAUCGCUGCUACCCGGUUAUCAACGCUGCCUUGGACUGUGUGGUUUGGAAUCAAGAUCAACAAGCUCUCCUGCAGAUUUAUGUUACAUAUCUUGCCUGCACUCUUGCCCUACAGGAUGAAAGAACCCUUGUGAACGUGGUGUUGCGAUGGUUUCUGCGCACAUUCCAAUUCAACUCCGAGGCCUAUCGUCUCUUCGCUGCCUUAAGUUUGGUCUUUGCACGUCCGGGUACGGUGCUGCGCAGUCGCGGCAUCCAGCAGGUUCUCUUCAAACAGAUUGUGCAGAUGGAUGCGGAACUACCAGUCGAUUAUGAACCAGAAGGCUAUGGGCCAGUACCGGCCUUCAUGCGUCAGAGUGGUGCAGAGAAUACCUCCCACAACAGAGACAAUGAUGGAGAGGCGCCUGUCCCUCAUCAUAAGGGCGUGCAGGGCCAGCACUAUGGGCACCCAAACAUCAUGAGACCAAAGGAAAUGAAUGUCGACCUUCUGACGCUCUACGGGCAUGUCUUGUACGCUGGCGGUGGGUUUGCCAGUGCGUUGUCGUACUUUUUUCGCGCGCUGUCUCUGAGCCCCGAAAACCCCGCGUUGCUGCUCAGCAUUGCGCUGAGCUACAUGCAUGAGACGCUCAAAAAGCACAGCGAAAAUCGUCAAAUGUUUUUGUUGCAGGGGUGGGCGUUCUUCGAGGAGUACGCCGAUGCACGGAGGCGGUGGAUGCGAAAGCGGCUCCAGGAACAGCAGACCCGAAAAAGGCAGGACGCAGAAAUGGUGAGGGUGGGCACAGAAGAUCAAGAUUGUCUGGAAUUGCUGAUUGAGCGGGAGAUCGCGUUCAAUCGUGCAAGGUGCUGGCACAUGUUGGGCCUGUCGGAUUUGGCUGUGCGGGCGCCCGCCGCCUCUGCUGAGAGCGGAAAGGACAAGGACGCGAGCCGCGCGGACUUUACAAUGGAAGCAGCAUAUGCUAUCCAGACGAUGUACGCUUUGAGCGGGAACCCAGAGAUGGCCAGAGAAGUCACAGAAAAAUAUUUGGUGGUUUGA